AAUUUACCAACCAUUAUCGUAACUUUCGGCUGGUAUGAGGAACUUGCCCUUAUCAACAAAAAAAUGCAAGUUAGCUGCUGUUGUAAAUUUAUUAAUUAAUACAAAAUUCUAGGUGAAAAGUUUACGUUCUUCCCGACUCUCAUCAAAGAAAGUUAUAAUUCCCUUUUUCAAGUUUCGUUAUUAUCACAGUUAAACUUUCUUCAAUACUGAGCUAUGAACCAUUGCUGUUUCUUAACUAUUUAACUGAUGCCGCCAAUAAGUCAGCAGGUGACAAUCUAAAUCUUGAGAGCAAUAUGCAUCACUUUUCUGUCAUAAAUAAUAAUUGAACUUCAGUACUGUGCUAAAUCAAGCAAAUAUAAGGCAAAAAAAUUAGAUAUUUCUGCUAUGAGCUAUUGUUAUUUCUUGAAGGUAAUAAUUAGUCAACAGGUGACAAUCUAAAUUCUGAUUACUGUGCAUCAUUUUUCUGUCAAAAGUCAGUGUUCUGUGAAUAAACUUAUUUACAAAAAUCAUCAUGACUGGUAAGGAGAAGAUAUUGUAUCAUUGUUCUGUAUGCUCAAAAGAAUUUGUAUCAAUGUCCAAAAUAAAAAUACAUAUGCGCUCUCAUACUGGAGAAAAACCAUUUAGCUGUGAAGUGUGCAAUAAAAGUUUUUCUCAAAUUAAUAAUUUAAAAGAGCACUACUUUGUCCAUUCUAAGGCAAAACCUCAUUCAUGUGAAUUUUGUGGCAAAAGUUUUAGUCUUAAAAGUGCUUUAAAAAGACAUGAAAAGACUCACUUUGAUGAUAGGCCAUAUCCCUGCACUGUUUGUGGUAAGAAUUUUAGUAGAAACGCUUAUUUGCUGGCUCAUUUGCGCAUUCACACAAAAGAGAAACCUUUUGAAUGUGACACCUGCAAUAAGACAUUUAGAACAAAAGAACUUUUGAAAAACCAUUCCAUCGUCCAUGCUGAAGUGAAAACUCAUUCCUGUGACGAGUGCAGUGCAAGUUUUUUCCGUAAAAGGACAUUGGUUAGUCACAAACGCAAUCAUGCUCGUGAAAAACCUUAUCCUUGUGAUGUGUGCAAUGAGAGAUUCAAAACAAAAGGAGAAUUUACGGAACAUAUUAAAAUACACCCCGAUCUGAAACCUUAUGCAUGUGAGAUAUGCAGCAAGAAUUUUAAAUCCGAAAAACUGUUAAAGGAACACUCUGUCAUACAUACCGAUGAUGUGCUAUACUUUUGUGAUGUUUGUAAGAAGUAUUAUACUCAUAAAAAAUCUUACAAGCAGCAUGUUGCGUCUCAUAGCAAAGACAUGUCUCGCGUAUGUGGUUAUUGCAACAAAACAUUUUCUGGAGUUCGUUCAUUGAAUAUUCACAUUCGUAUCCACACUCAAGAAAAACCUCACACGUGCAAUGUGUGUGGUCAAGCGUUCAGGGUAAGUCAUGAAUUGAAAUACCACUUUGCGAGGUGGCAUUCCAGUAUGAAACCUUACAAAUGCAGCAUUUGUGACAAGAGUUUUAUUCUCAGUGCUCAUCUAAAGAGACAUUAUGCUGUCCACUCGGAUGACAGGCCUCACACUUGUGGUGUAUGUAAUCAAAGCUAUAAACAUAAGCAUGUGUUAAAAGUUCAUAUGCAAAAACAUACUUCAACAUCAGAAGCAUGUGAUGAAAUCUAUCCAAUGAAUUUAGAUUCUUAUAUAUAUGAAAAUGAUUUGUCAAAUCUUGAUGUACAAUUGACUUGCUAAAUUUUGUACUUCUCUAUUUUGCCAUUAUUGGCAACAGUGUUGUCAAUGAAGCAAACAAUAAAGUAGCUGAGAUUAUUUACACUCACGAAAUGGAUUAGUACCCUAAAUUUUCAUUAGUUCUAUAAGCCACUUUUAAUGUGCAGCUGUUAUACUGAAAUCUGAGCAAACAUGGUGUGCCAUCAAGACGUAAAAUGUACAACAAGUUUUGAAAAUGUAAAUUUUUAUUUUUAGUUCUGUACAUUCAAAGAAAACCUAUGUGUGUAAAUCAUGAUAUAUUCAAAUAAUUUGUUCUAUGUAUUUCUAUGUUUGCCCCAUUUUUAAAUGCGGAACUUUAAAAUAAUGAUUUAUGGAGUAAAAAAUAUAAUUAUUUUAAUUUUGAAAAUUUACUUUAAUGAAUUGUGUGCAACAAAAAUUAUUCCAUUGCAACAAAAGUAAUGUGCAUUGAAUUGACAUUAAUUUUGUUCAUGCAUGUAACAAUAAAAUAUUUACUUUUUUACUACAAUUUUCUAGAUGAGAACUCUUAAUAUUUAAUGUCUGUAAUCAAAGCUUUUAGCAAUCUGUAUUGAAUGUUCAUAUGUUGUAUCAGAUUUUAUUAUUCUAUGGAAUGUGUUAAAAUUAUGUUUUGUUAUGUUAUUGCUGCAUUUAGAGCAUAGAAACGAUAUAUUUUUUAAUAAAUGUUACUCACAAUGAAUGAAAUAACAACAUUCAAUAAAUUACAUUAAUCUUAUAUAGAAUGUCAGACAUUUUUAGGUAAGUUUUUGAAAGCGAUAUAUGUCAUAGCUAGUCUUUUUAUAGAAUAAAAAAUGCUCUUUUGGCAAAUUAAAAAAAAAGACCAUUAUUUCUCGAAGAUUAUUCUUUAAAAAUGCAAAAAAUAUAUUUUUAAAAAUUAUAAAAAUAAUCAUAAAGUAAGCCUGUUACAUUUACUGGCAAUGCAUGAAAAACCCAGGAGGCAUUUUAACAAGUGACUGAUGUGUUUCAUUGAUCCCAAGUUUGUUGUUUGUCAUUAUCUAAAAUGCAUAUUUAAAUGUGUGAAAUAUUUACUUCAUACUUUACAUUGCAAAAAUUGUGUGCUCUGUAGAAUGAUGGAUUUCAAUCUUUGUCAGCAACAUGAUAUAUUGUUCACUCAAAUGAAUUAUGUUUGUGUUCAAAUAUAUAAGUUUAUGAUCAACGUUGAUAUGUUUUUCAUGGUAAUUAAAAGCAUAGUAUUGUUAUGUUCCACAGAAGUUGCAAUUAAAGGAAUUAUUUUGUUUCAUUAAAA